AGUUUUGAAACUGUAUAAAUGAAAGACCUUAAUUAACGUGUACAUAAAGAUGAUUUUCGAAUGAUAGGAAAAUUGUCAAACAUCAGUUGUUGGUCGAUAUUUAAUUCCAAUUUCAUAGGUUGGAAAAUGGCUGAAGAUAAAGCGAAAAGUGAUUUUAGUGAUAUUAUGAAAAAUUUGAAUUCAAAAUUUGAUAUAACGGAUUGUAAAUGGAGCCAGAAUAAGUCGUUUGAAAUAAAAUUGAGAACUCAAAUCCGUGUAGAAUCGGAGGAUUAUAAUUCACAUUGUGAUGAAUGGGUUGAGAAGUUUUCUCGAGUUACAAAUACUGUUUGGGUACAUAAAAUAUCAAACACAGGGCCUAAAGUGAAAUUUCGCAAGCAAUAUCAAUGCUGGACAUAUGAUAAAAUGCCAGUUAAGAACGAAUUGUUAUUUGAUGCUAGGAAAUGUAGAGCUACAUUAGAUGUAAAAUUUUUUGGAGACAACACCUAUUCAAAGAAGAAAAACAAGUUUACAAGACUUGGAUUAAAUGCACUUAUAAGAAUUAAUUCCCAACACUUGCAUCCAGUCGAUACAGUCAAAGAUUUUGCAUUUUUUGUUCAUCACUGUAAACCUUUGUCUGAAGCACCAAAACAGGUAAUACCAUCCUCUAAUGACAAACUUCCUCAGUUAGUGGCUAAGAUGGUCAAACAAGCUGCUGCAACUUCUCAAAAAGCUGCGGAAAGAGCAGAAGAGACACUAAAAAAACAAAGAAUAGAUACUAUGGAUCAACAGCCUAGUGAGCAGCCUUGUGAUACAGCUCAAGUAUCUCAAAAUGUACAAUAUGAACAGUUACCACAGGAAAUUAAUACUUUAGAUCCCAAAUAUGAGAUAAGAAAUAGUUUACCGCAAGUUAUUAUUAAUCAGCCUCCAGUUCAGCAUAAUGAUAAUAGAGUUUAUUAUGUUCAACAAUUAUUAUAUGACUCAACAACACAGACAAUUAUCGAGGAAGUUAUUCCUGUCUCAGAUCCAAAUAUAUCAAAUGUAUCUGGUCAACAUAUAAUACAGAUGCAGAUGCCACAAGUAGUGAAUAUACCACAAGUAUAUAAUGUUAAUCAACAAUUAUAAGACAUACUUUUUGUUCUUUUAGAAGCUUUAAUUAAGUCUAUUAUAUUAGUAUUAUUGAUUGGCUUUGAUUUUUUAGUAGGUUUUACUAAAUAUUUUAUUGAAAACAACAUGUUUAUAUUUAUAAAUUAUUGAAAUAUUGUAGGUAUAUUAAUUUAAGUCGUGGAUUUU